GACAGCUCAUUCCCUCCUGGGAGAGGAAAACCACAACUUCUUACAUCCCUGGAAAAACCUUUUGUGACUGCAAGACCAGCGGCUCAGAUGCAGUAGAGACAGUUCUGGUUUGCCGAUAGAGCUCAGCGGAGGACAUCAAACAGUAUGAGAGAGUUUGGUUUGUUUCUCCUGUGCCUCCUUCGCAUCUCCAGGAAGGGUGUGCAGUCCAACAGCUGGUCCGUUCAUGUCCCAUCUGAUGUCACUGGUGAACUUGGGAAGAUGGUUGUCCUGCCCUGUACUUUCACACACCCCUACAAAACCUUUGACCGGACCCUCACUGCCAUUUGGAGGAUCAAGGAACCUUACAAUGGCACCGUAGUUUUCAAGUGCGUUAGUCAGAGCACCAGCGAGCUCUGUAAGACUGCCAUCAGCUACAAAAACAAAUACAAACUGCUUGGCAACCCCCGGCACAAGGACCUGUCCAUCAGGAUUGAUAACCUGACCUGGAGCGACAGCGAGAGAUACUUCUGCCGGGUGGAGUUGUCCGGAGACAUCCACGACAAGUAUGAAAGCAGGAAUGGGAUUAAGCUGCAUUUGAUUGCUUCCCCCAGGAUCAUUAACAUCACCAUCAGUUCCAACGGGGACAGCACCUUCCAGGCAAGUUGCACAGCAGAGGGGGAGCCAGCACCCACCCUGACCUGGACCGGACCACCCUACACCAACAUCACCUCCACCACCAGCACGAACCACCGCGUCACCAAGGAGCUCCAGUACCUGACCCACGAUGGGAAAUACACCUGUACGGCUGUCAACAGCCACGGGAGAGCAGAGGGGGCUGUGUACUUCUAUAAAUUCAGAGCAUCCAACAGCUCCUUCUUCCUGAUCCUGAUCUUCGUGCCACUGGGAACAAAGGUGCUUGUUUUGCUGGUAAUACUGGGCUUCACCAUUUUCUCAAGAGGAGGUAGCUCCUCUGCCCCAGCCAGCCUGGCCCGGCCACAGCUGCAAGACUCCACCUACGAGAACUGUGACCGCAGACACGGCGGGGACCAGACUUUGCCGACGGAAAGAGCAUCGAGACGCAGCUGAGGACCUGGGCUGGCACGGUUUGGGUUCCGCAUGAGGCCCCU